AUGUGCGGCAUCGGGAUCGCCAUCGCACCUGCAUCUUCGGCGCACGACCAUGUGUGGCCUACGGUGCUCGACGCCAUCCGUCGCCGAGGGCCCGACUCUCUCCGCACGUUCCACCACCACUUUACCGCGCACUCGCAGCCGUACGCGCUCUCGCUCGCCUCGAGCGUGCUGAGCCUGCGCGGUGUCGGCAUCACGGCGCAGCCGCUUGCGUCGACCCAUGGACGGCUGCUGCUCGCGUGGAACGGACAGAUCUUUGAUACCGUCGAUGGCGCUUCGUCGUCACGCGUCAGGCUGGAUGCGGGCGAGAACGAUGCGCAAGUGCUGCUCGACCGCAUCACCACCCUCGUCGACGCGGGCAGUGGGUGUGAGCAGGCUGUGAAUGCUGCGCUGGCAGAGGUCGAGGCGCCGUAUGCGCUUGCGCUGCUCGACACGCACACGUCGACGCUCGUCUUUGCACGCGAUCCGCUCGGUCGCAGGUCGCUGCUCCUCCACCGCAGUCCGCGCCACGAGGCGCUCACCAUCUGCUCGGUCGCCAGCACCGCCCUGCUCGACUCGAUCGCCAACGACCCGGGUGCGACACUCGACGAGAUCGACUGCGCCACCAUUUGGGCCAUCGAUCUGCUGCGAUCCCCCACCACCCCGCGUGCGCUCCCUCGCUGCCAGUCGCGCUUUACCCAACCGCUCCUCCUGCGUGAGCUGCGCCCGCAACAGCCGGCAUCCACAGAGGAUGACUUUGAGGCGGCCCGCGACGGCUUUCUGGCUGUGCUUGCAGACAGCGUGCAGCGGCGCGUAGCGAACAUCGCCACGGACCAGGCGGCGGGGGAGGCGCAUGUGGCCGUGCUCUUCUCGGGCGGCCUGGACUGCACCACGCUUGCGCUGCUCGCCCACCGCUACGUGCCCGCACACCAGCCCAUCGACCUGCUCAACGUCGGCUUUGAGAAUCCGCGUGCACUCGCAGCCGCGCGCACCGAGCGCCAACGUAAAGCACGUGCCAGCACCGAACCCAGGCGCAGGAACAAGCACCAGCCAGCCAGCACCCCACUCCAGGACGACGCAGCCGAGAGCGCACCCGAGUUGGGUGGAGAAGAGGAUAUCUACGCUGUUCCUGACCGUCUUACCGGUCUUGCAUCGUACGCCGAGUUGCGGCGACUGGCACCCUUGCGGCGGUGGAACUUUGUGGCGAUCAACAUUGCCUACGACGAGUACACGCGCUACCGCUCACAAGUGGCGACGCUGAUGGCGCCCACGUCGAGUGUUAUGGACCUGAGUAUCGGGUGUGCGUUGUACUUCGCCUCGCGCGGUGCCGGUCUGCUCGGCACUGAGCUUUACACCACCCCGGCCCGAGUUCUACUCUCGGGCUUGGGAGCAGACGAGUUGCUGGGCGGAUACUCUCGACACCGCCACGCGCUCUCUAGCGGCCUGUGUGCACUGGUGGAUGAGCUGCAGCUGGAUUUGCAUCGCUUGCCUACCCGCAACCUCGGCCGCGACGAUCGAGUCAUCUCGACCCAUGCAAGAGAGGCACGAUACCCCUUCCUAGACCGCACCGUACUCGACUACCUCACAUCAACACCCACCACCACCAAGAUCAACACUGACCUCCUCAAAGCCGGCCAACGCGGCGACAAGUUUCUCCUGCGCAAGCUCGCCCAGAGCUUGGGACUGGUGCAAGCAAGUCGGCUGCAGAAAAGAGCCAUGCAGUUCGGCACGCGCGCCGCCAAGAUCGAUCCGCACUCAGGCGCCAUCAAGGGCCACCACAAGGCCUGA